GUAGUUGCUCACCUGGGCGAGGCUCUCAGCCUCCAGGGCUACUGGCCUGCCAGUGAUAGGGCUACCUUCUCCUACAGGGCCCUUUAGUCUUCAGGGCAGCAACUAGAGCAUGGAUCCCUCCUAAUUCUGCUCCGGCCCAAUGUUCCUCACAGUCAAGCUGCUCUUGGGACGGAAAUGUAGCCUGAAGGUGUCAGGGCAAGAAAGCGUGGCCACGCUGAAGAAGCUGGUGUCUGAGCAGCUGCAGGUGCCUGAGGAGCAGCAGCACUUGAUGUUCCGUGGCCAGCUCCUGGAUGAUGACAAGUGCCUCUCGGACUACUGCAUUGGGCCCAAUGCCUCCAUCCAUGUCAUCGUGCGGCCUUUGGAUAAAGCAGCAGCAGACAAAGCCCUCCAGCCUCAGGACCAAGCCCAGCCCCUGUGGCUUCAGCUGGACAGGGUCCUAGCCAAACACUUUGGGCCCCAGGAUGCCAAGGCAGUGCUGCAGCUACUGAGGCAGGAGCAUGAGGGAUGCCUGCAGAGGGUGAGCCUGGAAGCCCUGGAGCAGCUGGCAUGCCACCUUCUGACAGAGCAGCAGCAUGUGGAGCUGGCUGGGGAGAGAGAGCCCCAGAGCUCCUGCAGUAGACAGGAGGAGGAGAAGGAGGAGGAGGAGAAGGUGGAGGAGGAUGAGAAGCAGUAGGAAAAGACAGAUGAUUAGUAAACUGGCCAGUCCUACUCAUUCACUUGCUAAAA